AUGGAUUAUGAUAUUGAUUAUUAUCCAUCUUAAAUAGUAGAGACAAUAGGAGAUGUAACGUUUAGUAGUUAAUUUGAUUCUGGAAAUUUGAAAUCUGUGAGAAAGGAAUCAUAUAAUAAAGUAAAUGUGUAAGAUUUAGUAUUUUAGUAUAUAUUAACGAUUUGUAACGAUACAGGAAUAAAUGGGAAGAUUGCAACAUAUAGAACUUGGUUUUAUUUUUCAGUAGAAGGAAUGGAUAACGCAAGUUUGGUUACAUUUGUGAUAUCGAAUAUGCAAAAUUAAGUAGUAAUGAAAAACAAUUUGAGAUUGGACUGUUUAAAGAUGGAAUGCAACCUGUAUUUAAGACAAGCAAUGAGUGGCAAAGAGUAAGAUAUCCUUGUUAAUACCGAUUGUUACCAGAUGGGUUAUUUGAAGUUACAUUCCAGCAUUUAUUUUAAAGUAAUUAGAAAGUUUAUUUUGCAUUUACUUAUCCUUGGUCAAAUAAGGAUAAUGAAGUAAAUAUUAUAAAUACAUAGUAAUUCAUAUAAUAAAUGAUAUAAUAAGGAAGAUAGUAAAUAAAAGAUGUGUAUAUAAAAUAGAAUGUUUUGGGAUAUUCUAAAGAGCGAAGACCAAUCCAUUUGUUAACAAUAACAAGCAAUAAUAAUUCAACAAAUAGAGUAGAAGAUGUUAUAAAUAAUGUAUUUCCAGAGACAUCAGAAAGUAGACCUUUAGUGUAAAUAAGAUCAAUAUAUUAAAAUUAGAUUUAAAAAGAAAUACAUAUUUAUAUCAGCAAGAGUACAUCCAGGAGAAUUACCAGGAUCUCAUGUAUUAAAUGGAAUAAUUAAAUUCUUAUUGAAUCCUAAUGAUAAGGCAGCAGAAGUAGCAAGAAAUGAAUUUGUUUGGGUUAUUGUUCCUAUAAUAAAUCCAGAUGGAGUUUAUAGAGGUCAUUAUAGAACUGAUUCAUUAUGUUAGAAUUUGAAUCGUUAUUAUUUGAACCCAAGUUUAAAUGAUCAUCCUACUAUUUAUGCAAUUAAAGAAUAUAUAUUAAGAUUACAUAAUACUGAUAGAUUUUAUGCUUAUGUUGAUCUUCAUGCUCAUGCAGGUCAUAAAGGAAUCUUUGUAUUUGGAAAUCAAUUACCAAAUUUAUAUAUGCAUACAUAGAAUUGUCUAAUACCAAAGUUAUUGACACUCUAUUCUGAAAUAUUUGAUUAUGAUGGAUGCAAUUUUACUGAAAAAAAUAUGUAUUCUGCUGAUAAAGGAGAUGGAUUAAGUAAAGAAGGAAGUGGAAGAGUAGCAUUAUAUAAAGAAACUAAUAUCAUUCAUUCUUAUACUGUUGAAUGCAAUUAUAAUUCAGGCAAAAUUACUAAUAUCUUACCUAAAUCUACUUAUCUAUCUGAUUCAGAAGGUUUUAACAUUCAUUUCUAAUUUAGAUAUUUAAUAUACCUAUGGAAAUGAAAUAAUUGAUGAAUAAAUUGUUUUAGGAAUAUCUCAAUAAGGUACAACCAAUAAGACAUAUUUCUAUACAAUUAAUGAUUAUGAAUAAGUUGGACAAGCCAUUAUCUUAGCAUUUCUUGAUGUUAAUUUAAUUAAUCCUUGUAGCAGAAUACCUGAUUCUUAAUUUAAGACUCUACCAAAUCUUAAAAUGUUUCUUGCUUAUAAUAUUAUGAAAGUCAUGCAUUUUAGAUUUGAUACUUUCUUAAGAAAAGUACUUAAGUAUAUUCAUUUCUAUUUUACUAUAGGAAUAUUAAUAAUAAAGAAAAUAUAUAAAGAACUUUGAAAUCUUUUUAUGAUUAUAUUAAAACUAAUCAUGUUAGAGAUAAUUUAGAAUAAAAUGAACAGUAAUAAACCAAAUAACAAUUUCCUAGAAAACCUAUUUAAUAAGAACUCAAAUUAUAAAAACAAACACUUUAAUUCUAAUCUUAAAAAUUAGAUAAAUUACCUGAAAUAUAAAAGAAUUCUAAUUAAAGAUAGGUAUCUCAAGAAAAUAAUAAGCAUAGAAAUACUUCUGAAGGAAAAUAAUAAUUAUAAUAAUAAUAAUAAUUUUAGAAAUAAUAUAGAUCUUUUAGAAUAACCAAGAAUUGUGCUAAGGCUACAUAAUAAUAAUAAUAAUGA